AUGGCAAUGAUCCUUGGUACAGAAUCUACUAGCCUUUCGUGGGCCAUGCGGCCUAGGGCUGCCUGCGAGUUAACUACGUCCAAACCCACCUCGAAGCGCGCCAUUUCGACUCACACUCGCGCCCAAGUCAAGUCCUCCAUCAACAUGAAGCCGGCUCCUGAUUCUGAUCUAACAGUCAUUUCAGCUAUCACCUCUCUUGAUAUGAUCACCAAAGACCUUGUUGACAACCUUAGAAUCUUCUGUAUGGAGAGAGUAGAGUUCAAGUACCUAAAGAUCAGCGAGCUAGAGUAUGAAAAUGGGCUCGACUGGUGCGACGAGGAGUAUAGUGAGAUAACCGGCAUUACUAUGGAGUACAACCCGAAGGUCGGCACAGUCAUAUUUAACUCACGAGGAGCCUCGGUCCUUGACUCAUCUUGUCAAGACGUUCUCUUGUCCUGGCUUCACGAAAUCCAAGACUCGACUCCUGAAGAACCAUUGUUUGUCCAUCAUGAAACAGAAGUCGACGGCUUAGGUAAGAUGCCUGAUGUUCAUCUCGGUCGCGAGGGUUCAUUUCUCCCCAUAAUUAUGGUGGAGAUCGGAUUUAGCGAGGCCCUUGAAGAGAUGUUCGACAGCGCACAGGAGGUUCUUCACAAAUCAAAAGGUGUGACUCAGGUCGUAAUUCUUCUGAAGAUCUACGAGGAAGGACGUGCUAAACUCACGGGACACCCCUGA